AAAGGUUGCAGCUAUGAAAAGAACAGCGACAGUACCUGACACUGAAACUUUAGAUCUGCCUGGAAUGCUUCUGCUUCACAGAGGGGGGCGACGAAACACUACUUUCGGGGUAGACUUUCAGGAACAAGUUGAUAAGUUCCGGACUAAAGUGCCUCCUAUUGUGUCUAAAUGCCUCAGUGAAAUUGACAAGCGGGGUGUGAUGAUUAAGGGUAUUUACCGGGUGUCAGGAGUGAAAAGCAAGGUGGAGCAUUUGUGCCAGAGGUUUGACAUAGACCCAGAGGCAGUCGACCUAGAGGAUGUUCAUCCAAACAUCAUCUCCAAUGUACUCAAACUUUAUCUCAGACAGCUUCCGGAACCUUUAUUAACAUUUAGAUUAUACUCGGACUUCAUUCAUGCUGCCAAGGAAAACAUGUCAGGCCAGUUGUUUGGAGAAAAUUUGUUAGAACAGUUGAAGCGACUCAUUUCUAGACUGCCAUCUUCAAACUUGUGCACUUGUGCUGUGCUCAUGCAUCAUCUACAUAGGGUAGCAUCUCACUCUGAAUUCAACCAGAUGAGUGCCAGUAACCUGGGGAUUGUGUUUGGACCCACCUUGCUUCGACCACUGGAAGGGUCAACAUCAUUGGCAUCGCUGGUUGAUACCCCUCACCAAACACGUGCAAUUGAACUGCUCAUUACACAUGCUCAUAUAUUAUUUGGUCCAAGUGAAAAUUUCCCAGUAACACCUAGCCAGACCCCCGUGGAACAGCUCAACCAAACCCUUGGUGGUGUGAUCAUACCAG